AUGCUCCGCCGCUGUGGAGCCGGCAAGGUCGUCGGCAUUCGUCUCGCCGAGGACCUCCACGACCUCGACGCUCUCGUCAUCCCAGGCGGCGAGAGCACCGUCAUCAGCAAACUCCUGGUCGAGCAAAACAUGAUGAAGAGAGUCAAAGCCCUCGCCAAGGAAGGCUUGCCCAUGUUCGGCACCUGUGCAGGCUGCAUAAUGCUUGCCACAGACAUUCAGCAGCGACCAGAGCAGCCGAGAAUUGGAGCCCUCAACGUCACCGUCGACAGAAACGCAUACGGCUCACAGAUUGACUCGUUUGAAACCAAGGUCAAAUCCGAGUACAAGGCCUUUGUUCACGGGCCGCCAUUGCACGUUGUUCACAUCAGAGCCCCGGCAAUUGUGGACGUGGGACAAGGCGUCGAGGUGUUGGCAAAGCAUAAUGACCGCCCAAUUUUAGUCAGGCAAGGGGGGAUGCUUGCAUGUACAUUUCAUCCGGAGUUGACGAAUGACUCUAGGGUCCACCAACUUUUCCUCGAAAUGGUUCAAGAACGAAAACAAGCCUUGGCAUAAGCCUUGAUUCUCUAGUAAAUUGGCUUCCACAUGGGACAUUUGUGCA